UAUGUCAGUCAGCUGUAAAUUUGUAUGUCCCGUAUGUAAGAGUAAGAGAAAGAUUAUCCCUUUAUUCAUUCAGCCAUUAAAAAAGGUACAAGAAAAUUGUAUUCACAAUAUUGAUAUACAGUUUAUUGAUAGUGAUUUAACCAAGGCAAUACCCACAAGAUAGAUAGACAGUUAAUUGGAAGUGAUUUAACCAAGGCGACAAAAAAAGGUGACAGAUUUAAUCAGUUAAAAAUCGAUACAAAUGAUGUCACAGCUAUUAGUGGACAAUUAUAUUGUCUCUGUAAACUGAGUGAUAUUUGACAAUGAGACCUUUUGUAAUCUUUUCAUUGAGCCGACUCUUAAUAAUUAAGACUUUAAUUUGCCGGCUAACACAUUAGAUAAAAGUUCACCUGUAGCCUUAAUUUUGGAUAUACUAUAAUUUCCACUUUUGAACCACAUAAAAGCAGUGACUGGUGCAGUUGAAAAGGUGCCCACCAUUUACCGUCAUUUAAAUUGAACAACUGCUUGAUGUGUAAAGGGUACAUGCAAAGACAACCUAUUCUCUAUAUUUCUUGAUUAUUUCAACCAAUCAGAUUUGAGCAGAUAUACUCCGUUUUCCAGUGGUAUGGCAUUGAGAUUUUCCCGGGUCUACCUAGACUGAUUGUAAGCGGACAUUGUGUUUAGGAACUUCCAAAUUCACUCUUGAAUAGGAACGUGUUACCAUGCUGAGCAAUAUUAGUAAUCAAAGUUAUGAUUUACAUUGUGAUUGUGACUAUGGAAACGACUAUAUAUGUGAGCAAAGUGAAUUAUUUAUUCCAGCUGCAUGGAUAACCAUCACACAACCCUGUUUAACAGUUGAAUGCGCAUUAGUCAACAUUUUUAUUAUCGCAAUAAUUUUACGUCCUAAAAAUAGAACGCCAUCAACAAUUCUGUUGUCAUCACUAGCCGCUUCGGACUGUUUGACAACCAUAUUAGCACCAAUACCAUAUCUAAUGGGAUACGCAUUUAACUUUGACGACCUCAUAAUUGCCGAAGAUUCAAUUUUGGGCGGAUGGAUAUGGCCAGAACUAUACUCCAAUUGUAUUAUAUUGACGCCUCUUUCCCUGACCUCUUCAGGGUUUCAUAUGAUGUCAGUUUGUUUUACUUUUAUGUUAAACAUUCAAAAGGUUAUUGCUCUGCAAUUUCCACUCUGGACUAUGAAGAAUAUGGGAAAUAAGGCAACACUAUUAGCAAUAUGUCCAUUUGUGCUUGCCGUUUUUGGAUUUAAUAUAUGGCGUACAAUUACAGGAAAUGGAUAUUAUUUCGAAGGGAAGAACGGUGUUUGUUGUAUAGUUAAAUAUAAGAGCCAAAUAAAUGAAUCCUUACUAUUUAUGAAUAUAUGUCUUAUGUUUAUAACGCUUGUGAUAAUAUUAUGCACGAUAUAUAUUUGUUGGAAGCUAAGAACUCUUGGAAAAAACAUUCAGAUUCCGAACGUCAGUAAAAACAGCAAGAAGAUCCCGAACGUUGGGGAAAACAGCACGACGACUCCUAACGCUAGGGGAAACACUCCAAAGAUUCCGAACGCUAAAAGAAACAGCCAAAUUAUUUCCAGAGCUAACAGAAACAGUAUGAAGAUUCAGAACCCAAAGGCCCAAGCAAAGGUUCGCCGGUCUGCUUUCAUAGUGGUUUUUAUAUCGACGGUAUUUAUACUGUCUGAAGUGCUUAAUUACUUAUGGACUAUCAACCAAUCAGGAUUAUUGCCAUUCAGUCAUUCUCUAGACCAGCUAUGUGACUCUUUGAUGAUAUUAAGUUGGCAGUUCGGAUUUUCUGUAAAUUUCAUUGUCUAUUUUAUAAUGAGCGCGAAAUUGAGGAAAACACUGCAGGCAUUUCUUGUCAAAUUAUUUCACUGUAAUAAAAGAAAGAAAGGUGAAAACAUUUUUUCAAGCACCAUUACAUCAACUCCUAAUUCUGCGAUUAUCUGAUCAGGGUCAGUCAACUUCCGGAAAUCUACUAUUGCGAUGUCAUCAACAGUUUAAAUUAUGGUUACAGCGGAGUUUAAAAAGUGACUAUAACUAUGGACAGUUUAUAAAUAUCGAACUAUUACACUAAUUUUUAUUUCUAUAAAUGUUAUUUACAAAUGUGACCCUCCUAUUUGAAGAUGUUAUUAAACUUAAGUAUUCAGCUCA